GCCCAGACUACAGCUCCCGGCGAGCUGUGCGUGCGGGCAGGACCAGGCAGGACCGGGCAGCGGGAGCGCAGCGCUGCCCGCAGCGGGGACCCGCCGCGACGCUUUCUCCCGGUCCGGAAAACCCUCCCGCAGCCAUGGCGCUGGUGAAGAGCGGUUGGCUUUGGCGGCAGAGCUCCAUCCUGCGCCGCUGGAAGAGAAACUGGUUCGUUCUCUACCUGGACGGCAGCUUGGUUUACUACCAUGACGAGACGCAGCGCGACAUGGACGGCCGGAUCCACGUCAAAUACAGCUGCCGGGACGUGAGGAUCGGCCGCGAGUGCAGAGAUGUGCAGCCGCCCGAGGGGCAGAGCCACGACUGCCUGCUGACCAUCGUGCUGCGGGACGGCUCGAAGACGACGCUGUGCGCCGAGAGCGAGGAUGACGCUGUCGCUUGGAAGAUGGCCGUGCUGGAGGCAAAAUCCACCCCGGUGCACGUCUACGACCCUUACGACGACGACUACUACCAGACGGUGCCCCUCGACUCCCACCAGACCGCCUACAUCAGCUCCGGCCACUACGGCCACCAGUACGGAGCUCCCGGGGUGACCCACGUCAUUGUGCGCGAGGAUCCCUACCGCGUCUCCGGGGACCAGAUGGCCUUGGGGCUGCUGGCAGGGGCGGCCACCGGUGCCGCCCUGGGCUCCUUCAUGUGGAUGCCGUGCUGGUUUUAGCAGCGCCCCCCCCCUCCUGCAGGAUGUGACACCCCCCCCACCUCAAAAUCAAAUCACAGCUCCCCCCCAGCCCCAACCUGGUUUAACUCACCCCUGGCUUGGUACCCGCCCUGAACCACCCUCCAACCUCCCAAAACCAGCCUGCUCGCCCCCCUGGGGAGAGAGAACCACCCCACCUCCUCCUCUCAACCCCGGCUUUUGCAUUAAAUAACUGCCCCCCCGCUUCA